AGUGACUCCACACAGAAGACAACCGCAGCAAAGAUGGCGGCGCUUCGAGUCGUGGCGCUCUCUGGCAAUGGAAGAGCUCUGCUCAGCGCGGGGACUGCUCUCAGGACUCCCAAGGCCAGUAUGUCUUUUGCCAACUUGUCCAGUAAGAAGAAAGUUGCCCUGACAACUGUUGGCGUGCUCACGGCAGGUGGUGCCGGGCUCGCCUUGAUGCUCCACCAGGCUGUUAAAGCCUCCGACUUGGAGCUUCACCCCCCUAGUUACCCCUGGAACCACUCUGGACCUCUGUCUGCUCUGGACCAUGCCAGCGUUCGCCGUGGGUACCAGGUGUACAAGCAGGUGUGUGCAGCGUGCCACAGCAUUGAGUACCUGGCCUUUAGAAACCUGGUGGGGGUGUCGCACACGGAGCAAGAGGCCAAGAGCAUAGCUGAAGAGUUUGAGGUGGUGGACGGUCCAGAUGAGAAUGGUGAGAUGUUCACACGGCCAGGAAAGCUGUCGGACAACUUCCCGAAGCCGUACCCCAACCCCGAGGCAGCCCGCGCUGCCAACUCAGGAGCGCUCCCUCCUGACCUCAGCUACAUCGUCAAUGCCAGACACGGCGGUGAGGACUACGUGUUUAGCUUGUUGACGGGUUACUGCGACCCCCCCGCAGGGGUGACCCUGAAAGAAGGACUCUACUACAACCCCUACUUCCCUGGUCAGGCCGUCGCUAUGGCUCCGCCCAUCUACAACGAGAUUCUGGAGUACGACGACGGAACCCCCGCCACCAUGAGUCAGGUGGCUAAAGACGUGUGCACGUUCCUGAGGUGGGCCGCCGAACCGGAGCACGACCAGCGCAAACGAAUGGGAUUAAAGUUCGUGAUGGGCGCGGCCGUCCUCAUUCCUUUGCUCUCCUACAUGAAGAGGCACAAGUGGUCGCUGCUGAAGAGCAGGAAGAUUGUCUACAGGCCUCGCAAGUAGAAGAAAACAAGCGCACCCUGAGCUGGGCCCGGCGCUGAGACGGCUGCGUUCACUGACCCCACACUUCUCACUUGGAGAGAUUCAGAGGAAGUCGUCUUUGCACGAGCGGCACACGUCCAACACCUGAAUAAACCCGUUCGAGAGAAAAUGCCUUGUUCAUUUGGUGGCACUUCAAAUUAAUCCUGAUGUUUUCUGUAUGUUCAGGCGUAUUUUUGAGGUUUGUUAGAGAUUUGUGGUGUUGUUGACGCACCCUCCUCAGUUGAGCUGCAGGUGCUCGUGGCCCCCACCUGUUCACAGCUUUAAUCUACUUGGGCCACUUUGUCACAGCUGACGGAUAAGUUGUUUGAUCAGCUCAUCUUUGUAAGACACCAUGCGACCUUAAAGAUGCUGACAAAUGAUUGGGUCAGGAAAGUUUGUGACAUUCUGAGUUUCUGUAAAUGCGUUCUCUGACCUCUACAAAACAAACUUCUGUUUUACUGUGUAAAAUAAAUUAUGUUAAAGGAA